GUCUUAAUGAUAUCUCUAAAAAUGAAUAUAUGUAUUCAACCCACUAGACCUUUUGCAAUUUAGAAUAAUACGGUACUCACAUGCGUAGUCCGAUAUCAAUAUUUUGUCAUGAAUCCCCAAAACAUUCCCAUUAUUGUUGUUGUAUUUUUGUAUCGCUCUCAACUCUUUUUUCAAAAACUUGAGGUCUCUUGAUGGUGGAUGUUUCGAAUACGAUCGAAAUUUGGGUGUCCAGGUAAGCAUAUAUCUUAAACUAAUACGUUACGACUACUAAUAUUUAGGAGAGCAAUUUAAUAUUUGCGCCUGACGGGAAAACGCAAAUAAAACUUUUUUUUUCAGGUAAUAAAAUCAAAGAUAGCUCUUACAGAUACAGAGGUAUGAUUGGGCCAAAGCUUGUCACUUGAUAUCCAUGGCGAAGGUUGUAAUUAGCAUAUUUCUCUUCCGGUCAGUUGUCGAUGGUUAGAUUGAACUGUUUGAAUAGUCAAAUUAGCAUGCUUUUGCGUAAAAGCCUACCCUAUCCGAACAACGCUGUGCGUACCUAUUGUUGGCAAUGUCAUAGCAGCGCGCAUUUGACACGAUGACUGGAUAGACGGCUCGAGAAAAUAAAGCACAAGGCAUGAGAUAACAAUUACCAAAAGUUUCAAUCAAGACUAUAUCAUAUAGUAUAUACUAAAUGGAUUAAAUGAAUAUUUUUUUUUUCUUGACAGGUAAGUUAUAUUUUACCUCGUUAUCAUUUUCGUGAUAGCGCUGCGCGCCCUACCAGUAAAUAUAAGUUAUGUACACUGUGAUUAUCAUGUAAUGUCCAACGAUAAACAUUAAUUCAAGGGGAAGGGGUCUCAUUAUGUACCCGGUUUCGCAAAACAUCAUUAUCGUGGCGUAACAAUCUAGUCUAGUCUCUCUGUAUUUCGUUAUCCGUCAUUCAGGUAAUGAAAUGUUGGCUAUCUACUGAAAUGACUGCCAGGAUUUGGUCCGGUCUUAGAUCCUUCACCUCUCUGAACCAGCUCACCAUCUCAGACUCCUCUCUCAGUUUCCCUCCAUCUACCCCUGAGCUUCCAUCCGUCACAAAGCUAUCAUCCGAGAGUGUGACGUCACAAAGCUAUGAAGGUUUGCUCUCAUCGCUCCCUGGCUUGACAAAUAUCGAUAUAACUAUCGAUGAUGCAGAGAGAGACAUACCUCAAAUCACGGCUGGUCUUCGUCGGAUCGGAAGACAGCAGCUCACACACAUCAAAAUUACAACCCCGACAUCAUUCCUAUCGAUAUCGGGGAAGAAGAGUGUAUCGAGAGCGACGUUUAGAGGAUUAGGUCUUCUGAUCAGAACACAAACAAAGAACCUGCAACAGCUACAUCUGAGCUGGGUGAAGUGUACAGAUGAGGAAGACUUGGUUCACCUCAUUAAGUGCUGCAGACAUGUGAAAACGUUGAAAGAAAUGUGGUUACACAAAUGUGGAACUAGAAAAAGCGGCAGACUGAACUCUCAUCUCACAGGUCUUCACACAUCACAUGACGACGGCCUCUCUGUUUGGGUUAACCAUGAUAAUGGAGGGGGACGGACGUGUGUUCUCUCACAUUUCUCACAUUAGUUGAGUUCCAUUGAUGUCUACACACUACCGGUCAAGCUGACAUGGACCAUGCCUUAUUCCCGACAUACACCACUAUGCUCGUUGAAGGACUUCAUACGUCAUUUUGUUUACAUUGGUUAAGUUACACUGAUGACUAGGCACUACACGGUCACGCGGAUAUACGUCAUUAUGUUCAAGGAGAUGACUGUUACUGCACAAUCGGAAAAAUAGAUCUCUUUUGCGCAGUCUUAUGAAUGAAAAAAAGGUUUGGCUAUUUAAGCAAUAACACACAUUAUAAAGUGUCUCCUGAAACUGUUUGAAUGUUUUGGUUAUAUUGUUUAUUUCUACAAAGUCAUAAACCCUAAACAACUUUAUCUUCUUGUAAAGAUUUGAAUGUGUUUUGCAAGUCAUUAUAUUAUAAUUUGGGCAGCAGAAAAAGAUUAUGUUAAAAACACUGAGAUAGCAAAAACUUUCAAAAUCUAAUAUUUAAGUUCGUAUUAAACUUUUUGCCUUACAUCUUAUGUUAUUUUUAGUGCACAUUUAGAUUCCUCAUGUAAAUUCGCAUCACAGGAUGCAUACGUAAGGAGAUAAAGGCUCUUCAACGUAAAGGUCCAUCACAUAAGCUAACUGCAUCAUGCAACGCAAACGGGGUUAACUCAUCGCACCAAAUCCAAGAGACUUAGAUAAAAAUAUUUGUUCAAGUUUUAAUUCAUCAAACGGUUAUAUAUUUCACGAGCGUUUCCUAGUAGCUCUUUCCCUUAAACUCUCAAGUUCUUUUUGCAUAAAAAAGAUAUAGAAACAAUUAUGUCAAAUAUGAUGAAUGUUCUCGCGAAAUUAGGUGUUAUGAAAAUCAAUUAUGCAUUAAACACAAAGAUAUGAUUGUGGAACAAAAUGUGAUUUAUAAAUCAUCGAUAAUAUAGGCGCAUCGGAGCUACUUCCGGAAAACUACAGUUUCAGAAAACCUUUAGGGAAAUGUCUCUCGAGGUAAUAAAUAUUUGUGCUACAAACAGUAAGAAUAUUCGAGCCGCCUUAGCUCACCUCUCAUUUCGCCGCCUGUGUAAUAAUAUUAAAAAAAGGGAACAAAUAACAAAACGAACGAUUAGCCAAAAUGUAAUAACUAAAAUAAUGUUCAUUGCGUUCAAAUGUGCUUUUGGAAAUAGAACUUGCAACAGAGUUAUCUACAACGAAGCGCAUUGGUAAAAUAAGAAUGCUAUAAUAACGAAAAGUGAAGUUGAUAUCCACAGGAAUACCGAGCAAAGCUAUUUCCCUUCUUUUCCUUUUGUAAAAGUGAUGGAACGUACCCCACCUUCACAGUGUGUUUAUGAAAAGGAAAGUAGAACUGAAGCGGAAUCGACUUUCAAACCCAUACUUAUGUCAUUAUCAUUUAUUAUGAUUGUUAGACUUGUACCAUCAUAGAAACGUUGGUAAUAAUGGUAGUCGCAGUAAUAAAAGAAGUAAAAAAGAAUGAAUAAUACCUAUGAUAAUG